CAUGACACAAAAAUGAGAGCAGAUUGCUCUGCCCAGAGAGCUUUUUCCAGAAAUCCUUGCAACUGAUAGUACUUUCAUCAAUCAAUUCUCUGUUCACUACAAAUUAUCUCCUCCUCUGUCUUCAUUUCUCUUGCUAAUCUUUCCUCUUUGUUUCCCAAAGUUCUCGCCCUCUGUUCUUGUUGCGCUUGUAAUUAAAAUAAAAUUAGCUUUGGGUUAACGUUUUUCACCGCCCCUCAAUUCUCUUUACCCCCUCUGUUUCCCGUGUUGAUGCGCUUGUAAUUUCUACAUUUAUUCCGACGUAGAUUUAUAAAGUGGAGGAAUAAGAGAGAGAAGGAGUGGGGAUGAUCUUGUGAGGGAGGGGGAUCUGAUGUUUCCUUUUCGCUUUGAAUUCUCAACUAGCUUUUUGGGGUCACACGCCUGAAGGGAAGAAAGUAGAUCCCGUAGGAAAGAAACUUAAAGGAGAUAAGCUAUUACUUUCUUGAUUUUGUUUGUGUUUGUAAAAGCUUCUCUGUGAUUUGUUUUGCCAACCUUGAAAAUGCGAUUUUGUCCAUUAUCGAAAUGUUGUUAUCUUCUUCCCCCAUUAAUCUCGUUUUCUGGCUGGUGGGCUUUUAGCUCAGAAGUGUGAAUUUCACACAUACGUAGCUUUUUCCAUAAAGUCAAGUACCCCAGAAAGCCAAGCCGAAAGGCUUCCACAAGAUUCAUUUCCGGGUUCCUUCUUCUUUCUUCCUUCUUCUCUCUUCCUUCUUCUCUUUUUUAUACCAGACAAACAAAUUCCCGUCUUUCCUCAUAAAAACUUUUCCUUGAUUUCGGUUUUUCCGGCUGGACACUUUAGAUUCUUCACAAUUCUCUUUGUGAAAUGAGAGCCGGUCUAAGCACGAUCCAACAAACCCUAACGCCCGAGGCGGCGAGUGUUCUUAAUCAUUCGAUCGCCGAAGCGGGCCGUCGCAACCAUGGCCAGACGACGCCGCUUCACGUGGCGGCAACGCUUCUGGCCUCACCGUCUGGCUUCCUUCGCCAGGCCUGUAUCAAAUCCCACCCCAAUUCAUCUCAUCCUCUUCAGUGCAGGGCCCUCGAGCUCUGCUUCAGCGUUGCGCUAGAGCGAUUACCGACGGCUCAGAACAUGAGUCCCGGCAUGGAGCCUCCAAUUUCCAAUGCUUUAAUGGCUGCGCUGAAGCGAGCUCAAGCUCACCAACGCCGUGGCUGCCCCGAGCAGCAGCAGCAACCUCUUUUGGCCGUGAAAGUUGAACUUGAACAGCUUAUCAUAUCCAUACUCGAUGACCCCAGCGUUAGUAGAGUCAUGAGAGAAGCGAGCUUCUCCAGCCCGGCGGUUAAAGCCACGAUCGAACAGUCGCUGAAUUCAUCGUCUCCGGCCGUCAAUUCGAGUUCGAUCGGAUUGGGAUUCCGUCCUACGGCGGUGACACCGGUCGCAACAGGGGCGCCGGGUCGGAAUUUAUAUUUAAAUCCCAGGCUCCAACAGGGGAGUUCCGUCCAAUUGGGACAGCAAAGGGGUGAAGAAGUGAAACGGAUUAUCGAUAUAUUGUUGAGAACCAAGAAGAGGAAUCCAGUUUUAGUGGGAGAAUCAGAGCCAGAAGCUGUGAUAAGAGAAUUGUUAAGGAGAAUUGAGAGUAAGGAGCUGGGCGAGGGACCUUUUUCCAAUGUUCAUGUGAUUUAUUUGGAGAAGGAGCUUCCUUCCGAUAGAGCUCAAAUCCCUGCAAAGCUUAAGGAAUUGGGAGAUUUCAUUGAGACUAGAAUGGGUAACUCUAAGACAGGUUCUGUUCUCGUUAAUUUGGGUAACUUGAAGUGGCUGGUUGAACAAUCUGUGGAUUUCGGAGCUUCUGGUUUGAGCAAUAUGCAGCAACAGGCACUUACAGAGGCUGGGCGUGCUUCGGUUUCAGAGAUGGGUCGAUUGGUGACGAAGUUCGGAGAAGGUGCCUCAGGUCGUCUUUGGUUGCUGGGAACUGCUACUUGUGAAACUUACUAGUGUCAGGUUUAUCAUCCUUCCAUGGAAAAUGAUUGGGAUUUGCAGGCCGUGCCUAUAACCACUAAAGCCCCUCUCCCGGGCAUAUUUCCGAGGCUUGGGACCAACGGCAUUCUUGGUAGCUCACUUGAGUCUUUUUCCCCUUUAAAGGGCUUUUCAUCAGCUGCAAUCACCCAGCCUAAGCGUGUCUCAGAGAGUGUAGAUCCUGCUCGUACAGCAACCUGUUGCCCACAAUGUAUGCAGAACUAUGAGAAAGAAGUCGCAGAUAUGGUGAAAGAAAUUGAGAAAUCUGAUUCUGAGGUCAAAGCCGAGGCUGCUAGGCCACCACUUCCACAGUGGUUGCAGAAUGCGAAAACAAGCGAUGAUCAGACUCAGAGUAAUAGCCAAGAAGUGAUGAAGAGGAGGACUCAAGAGCUGCAGAAUAAAUGGCAUGAUACUUGCUUGCAUUUACAUCCAAAGUUUCAUCAGCAACAAAACCUCGGUUCAGAUAGAAUUACUCCCUCUCCUUUCUCAAUGAUGGGUCUGUACAAUCCCAACUUGAUCGGACGCCAAUUUCAACAUAAAUCACCUCUCAACAAAAAUCUGGAAAGCUCUUUGCAGUUGAGCCCAAGUCCAAUACCCAUUCAGCCAUUGCAACGGGUGGCUAGUCCCCCCAGAAGUCCAGUAACAACCGAUCUAGCCCUCGGUCAAAUGAAGGCUGCUGAUAACAAUCCUGAACAAAAUCAUAAAGAGCACAUUAAGGAUUUCUUGGGCUGCAUGUCUUCUGAGUCUCAGGACAAGUUCGGUGAAUUACAGACCAAGAAACUACUUGAUGCUGACUCCUUCAAGAAUCUCCUCAAAGGUCUCACUGAGAAGGUCUGUUGGCAGCAUGAUGCAGCAUCUGCUGUGGCCACAACCGUGACCCAAUGUAAAACGGGCAAUGGGAAAAGGCGCGGUGGUGGCACGAAGGGUGACAUAUGGUUACUUUUCAUGGGUCCAGACAGAGUAGGGAAGAAGAAGAUGGCGGGAGCUCUUUCUGAGCUGGUUUCUAGGUCGAACCCAAUAAUAAUCUCUCUCAAACCACGAGGUGGGGAUGAUGGAGAAUUAUCAGGUGUCCAUCGUCGUGGUAAAACUGCUCUUGAUCGAAUUGCAGAGGCCAUUCGAAGGAAUCCGUUUUCUGUCAUCAUGCUCGAGGAUAUUGAUGAAGCAGACAUGCUCCUGCGCGGGAGCAUAAAAAGAGCCAUGGAGCGAGGUCGCUUCUCUGAUUCUUAUGGCCGUGAAAUUAGUGUGGGCAACGUCUUGUUCAUCCUCACUGCAAAUUGGUUGCCUGAUAACCUCAAAUAUCUGUCCAAUGGCAGUUCACUUGACGAAGAAAAGCUUGCAAAUUUGGCAAAAGGAAAUUGGCAAUUACGACUAUCACUAUCUAAAAGGACAUCAAAACGUAGACCCAGUUGGUUUUCUGAUGAAGACAGAUCCACAAAACCUCGGAAGGAGAUGGGUGCUGGUUUAGCUUUUGAUCUAAACGAAGCUGCAGAUGUAGAGGAAGACAGGGCAGACGGAUCACUGAAUUCCAGCGACCUAACGGUAGAUCACGAAGAUAACAGGGUACUUGAUCAUAAUCUAAGGUCGCCCAGCAUAACCCACGACCUGCUGGAUGCAGUAGACGAUGCCAUUGUAUUCAAGCCGGUGGAUUUUGGCUUGAUUCGCCGGAGUUUCUCAGCCACGAUCACGAAGAGAUUUUCGACGAUUAUCGGAAGCGGGCUGUCCCUGGAAGUCCAAGAGGAGGCUUUAGGAAAGAUCACGGGUGGAGUAUGGUUAGGCCAAACGAACAUAGAGGAAUGGAUAGAGAAAGUUUUGGUUCCGAGCUUUCAUCAGCUCAAGUCAAGCUUGGAUUCAAGCAGGAACGGCGAGGAAUCUGUCGUUGUUAGGCUUGAAGAAGACGGAGAUUCCGAUGGUCAGAGCUCAGAACAUAGGCUGCCCUCCAGUGUGCGACUGGCGGCGGCGGAACGGAACUGAGGAGGGGACAAGAAUGGAAUAAGGCGUUUUUAGGUUGGAUAGAGAUGUAAAUAGACCACUUGCCCCCCGGGGGAGUCAAGUCAAAGACGGUUAGAGAGAGAGAAAAGACCGUUAGGGAAAGGAGGGGAACUCGGGGGAUGUUCUAGGAAAAGGAAAAGAAUGAUAUAUUAAAAUUUUUAAGUUUUGCGUAUAAAGUGAAUGUAAUUUUAUAAUGAUCAUAUUCAUAGAAUAGGUAAUAGGUAUUUAUGAAUUAAUCGGAUAAUGAUUUUGAAUAAGAUGGCAGGGGCGCAUUCCUGUCUUCACGUUUAUUCAUUAUUUUGAGGAAA